AUGGGAGGCUCAGGCAAGACCACUAUUGCCAAGAAGCUCUACAAUGAGACGACCGACUUUGAUCUCUCCGCGUGGGUUUGUAUUACACAGCAAUGCGAGAGUCGAUCAGUUUGGGAGGAUGUUCUGAGGCAACUAGAGAAUCAGAAGAAGAAUAAGAAGAGUGUUUCAAGUGUGAAACAUGAGCUACGAAUAAAGGAGGAGGUUCCAAGUCUGAGCAACUUUGAGUUGAUCGAGCGACUAUGUGAGAUACAAAGAGAGAAGCGAUGUCUCAUUGUUUUGGAUGAUCUUUGGGAGCUUUCUCAUUGGGAGGAGUUGAAGCAUCCGUUCAUUGCCCAAGAUUUGCAGAGCAAAAUAUUGGUGACAACACGGAAACAAAAGGUUGCAGAGAUUGGAUUGGCAGUGGAACAUGGCCUUUUACAUAUGGAUGCUGCAAUGGAACUACUAAAAUACAAAGCAUUUCACCAUGGAAACAUUCCAGACUUGGCAUUGGAAGAAAGAUUUGAGAAAAUUGGGGAAGAAAUGGUGCAUAAAUGUGGGUAUUUGCCAUUGGCAAUUUCUUUACUCGGCGGGGUUUUGAGGAAGAAAAUUUCGAUGGAGGAGUGGGAAUUAGUUAAUAAAGACAUCAAAGAAGUCAUAUAUAGAGAUGAAAAGCAGAUUGAUGGAGUGUUGAGCUUAAGCUAUGAAAGUUUACCCUAUUAUAUGAAGCCUUGCUUUUUAUAUAUGGGUAUAUUAUUCAAUGAGGAUGAAACCAUAGAUGCAGGGCAUUUGUAUAAGAUGUGGAUAGCACAAGGCAUGAUUUCAUAUGAGAAUAUUGGAGACAAAGAGGACACUUUAAUGGACAUCGCUGAGCUAUACUUAAGUGAGUUGGCCUCUAGGUCUCUAGUUCAAGUUGAAAUUAUGUUUACUUAUGAUGUCGCAAAUAGAACUAGAAAAUAUGAUACAUGCAAACUUCACGAUGUAGUACGAGAACUAUGUUUGCAAUUGGGGAAAAGGGAGGAUUUUGGUGUGCAGAGUUUGGAAUAUCAAGGUGGAAAACUUAGUACCUUGAUACGGGAAGCUUCCUCGCAUAUGAAAAUACAACAUUUGGCUAUCCAUUUCAGGAGUGAAGUUGAACACGAGCCUGCAGUCACUUGUGGAGAAGAUACUAGCAAGCAUAUAAGGUCUCUUCGAUUGACCAAUCUCAUAAAUUCGAAUGUUUUUCUGUUUCCUCCACAAAGUAUGGUUGAUCUUCAAAAAUUCAAAUUGUUGAGAGAUCUAGUUAUCGUGGGAUUCAAAUUCGCAGGAGGAAAGUUACCAAGAGGAAUCACUAAUCUUGUUCACCUUAGAAGUUUGUGUUUACAAGGAUGUGAACUUGAUAAGCUACCGUCAUCCAUUAGGAAUUUGGUAUACAUUGAUACCAUCGAUUUAGCAAAUACAAUGAAUGUUGAAGUUCCAAAUGUUUUGCAGGAGAUGCUGCGAUUAAAACACUUAUAUUUUCCUUUAUAUGGAGAUGAAAAGAUUGGAAAUUAUCGAAAUGAAGAAUCUCCGACAUUUUUCAGCAAGAAUACACGAUAA